AUGACGAAAAGGUUUCUUGAUCUUGGAUUAACCGAUAUAUUAAAAUAUCGUACGCCAGCAAUUACUGAACAUCUAUCAUUGACAUAUCAAUAUGAUUUUCCUUCAUAUCGUUAUAAUAAUAGUUAUUGUCGAACAAUGGCAAUUGAUUAUUUUCGACAAGUUGAAUAUCAUUGUAAACAAUAUGCUUCUAAUCAUCAAUAUUAUCUUUAUACUUUACAAUGUUAUGAAUAUCUUGCAACGCUCUAUCAAUAUUCUAGUGAUCGAUCUAUUGAAUAUUACAAAAAAAAUGAUUGA